AUGGAUGCACGCCGAAAGUUUGAAGACAAGGAGAAAAGCAUAAGAAUUGCUCAAGGAACGGGUGGUUUGUUAACAGCUUACACCCUUCUUUCAAAGAAAAAAGAAACAAACAUCUGUAUCUUUGAGAGAGAGGAUCAUCCUGGAGGAAGGAUUUUGAAUUUCAGUUUUGUUAAAGUUCCAGACGUCGCAGUAGGCCUUGGACAAUGGAACAUUUACGGCGGCAACUAUGAUGAAUCGGGUAUUGGGCCAAACGGAGAAGUGGUGCUACAUACUACAGCUAACAAUGGGGGAUGCAGUGACAAGUGGGGACAAAUCUUACAAAUUUCUAAGAAGACAAUUGACGAAGAACUGACGCGAUAUAAAUACAGGCUUUUCCAGAAGCCUGGUACCAACUUUGACUUAAUAACCAUCCGUCAAUGGGCCAAGCGACCGCUGACCGGACAAGAUGUAUUCUUGGUUGACAGGGCAUUCAAUAAUUUUGGUGGAUGGUUACAGGACACUUUGCGUUCAGCGAAUGAUGCUUUAGUGGAGGGCUGGAAUGUAACACUGCCAUUUCAACUUAAUCGCUAAAGUCAUAAUCAGCAAGCUUGAACGACCUACAUUUUAAAAGCUUUUUAAAGAGGAUUGAACACUAUCAUAAAAAAGGAACGGUUUGAAACCGGAGAAAAUUACCAUCAGCAGUUUUAUUUUUCAACUGACGUUUAGAUUACAAUAAUUACCAUAGCAACGCAAUGUAUCUGAUCGAUAAGAGGAACGGAAAAUAGAGGAAAAUUAUCGAAGAAAUGACAGUCUUCCCUCAAAGAGACCCAGGCAGCCAGAACCAGCGAG